GAAAAGGACCAUUAAGUCGGCAUUGUGGGAAUGGCCGGGAAGCUAUAAGAGGGGUUGAUGACUACGAGGUCAGGUUCGUCGUGAUAUGGGUUUGGAACCGCGGGCGUUGCCUUGGCUUGCAGCCGCAUACGCGAGGUUGUGGCAAUAUGGGCUAUUAUAUGCAAAGGGGUUGCUGCAAGAGCAGACCUCGGCUAGAAGGAAAGGCUAUUCUAUGUGGGAAGUUUGUGGCAACUAAAAGUUGCUAUAAGGGGGUGUUUAGAGGUUACGAGGGUCGCUUAAUAUGCCGGGGUUUUUUGAGAGAAAUUGAGUUUUUAAGAGGAUGA